UCCAAAUGUGGUUCUGCACAAACCUACCUGUUGCUACCUGUUUCAAAAGCAUACUGCAUUGCAAGGUGGGAAGAUGGGACUUUUGGCAGAGCUUCAGCCAUGAACAGCUCUGCAGCCCUUUUCGGAGAUGAGACACAGCCUCUUUACUCAGCUGACACACUCACCUGGAACCAUGGUCAUGUUGAAGCUCUCGACUCUCCUUCUUGCAUAUGCGCUGAUCAUUUGUCAGAUGUACAGCUCACAUGCAGCUCCAUCCAGAACUAGUCAGGAGUCCAUGUCAUAUGGAGUCACACUAACAAACGAUGAAGCUCAGAGGCUACUUAAUGCCAUCAUCAAGGAGUUCAUGCAGAUCACCUCACUGCAGCAAGAGCAGCAGACGACUGAGGGAAACAGUCCGGACAGACCCGUGUCUAAGCGCUGCACCGGCCUCAGCACCUGUGUGCUAGGCAAACUGUCCCAGGACAUUCACAAACUGCAAACCUAUCCCCGCACCGACGUGGGAGCGGGCACGCCUGGCAAGAAGCGAAGUCUGUCCGAGCACUAUGCAAACUAUGGCAGCUCGUUCAAUUGAAUUUCGAGAGGCCGCCUCCUCCCCUCCAAGCCCUAAUUACAUGGCCCAUCUCCUCCCUGCUCACUCCCUCUUAACUUUGCUCAUCCAUGCGUCUCUGUCCAUACAUGAGAUUGUUGAUGCAUGUGGAUCUUGUCUGCUUGACUAACUUCAGAGGAAUGCUCUCUCUUUAAUUUUGCAUUGCUAGAAUCUACAUUUUUGACAGAGAAUUGAACCUUUGGGUUUAAAUCAACUGACACAAGCUACAGAAAAAUCAUUUUAAAUCAUCAGAUUUAGUCACUUUUGCAGUUCUCAUUCUCAUUAUAUAAUUUCAUACAGUACUCAAGAAGUUAAGCAACAAAGACAUAAGGACAGCAAUUUCCCCUCUCUUUCCAGUAAGAUUGUUUCAUCAUCAAUAAA